GGAGAGAGAGAGAGAGAGAGAGAGAGAGAGACCCACUGGUCGUACUGCUGAAACAGUGGAGAGGAGAAGAUCACAAGAAAUCCUGAAGCCUCAUCACAGCUUAACUGUGCAUUAGCACAACACCAGACCAACACUGAGGGAACAUUACUGGAACAUUUGUACUGCAAGCUUAUAGGGGGGAUUCUACUUCACCACGCUCAUCACUGAAGACCUCUCUUUACCUGUGUUUGUCUGUUGAGUGUGUGUGUGUGUGUCUGUGUGUGUAUGUGUGUGUGGGCACCGUUGAGGAUGAGGACCUUGCAGGACCACCAUAGGAUCUCUCUGACUUUAAAGAAGUGGUUCUACCCACAGAGGAACCCUUGAGGAACACAGAGGAACCAUGCUUUGACUUGACAAUUUGCAGAGAGGGAGAAAUAAAAAAGGAGGAAAAAAAAGAAGCUUCUCUACCAUCUGUACACACACACACACACACACACACACACACACACACACACACACUGACAUACAGGUGGGCAAAAAAAGGUCCUUCUGUCCUGUCCGGUGACCGGUGACGAGACAGUGCGGCCUGGCAUUCCAUCCACUGGUUUGUCCUGAUCGAGCAGAGUGGCAUGAGCGUGGGCAAGUCCCACCGGUACAGCGUUGUGUCAUCGUCGGAGGAGGACGUGCAUCGCCACGGCAACAUGCCCGCCCUCGGCAACGGUUUCGGGAACGGCAAGAUCCAGACAAGGCGGAAGGCGCGCAGCCGCUUCGUCAACAAGACCGGCCAGUGCAACGUCAGCUUUGCGCACAUGGAGGAGCAGUCGCAGCGCUACCUGGCCGACAUCUUCACGACCUGCGUGGACAUUCGCUGGCGCUGGAUGUUCGUCCUGUUUUCGCUUGCUUUCGUCGUGUCUUGGCUGGCAUUCGGUUUCGCGUUCUGGGUAAUCGCCAUCAUGCACGGCGACAUGGAGAGAAAAGCAGAGGAUGACUUUACGCCCUGUGUCAUGCAGGUCAACAGUUUCGUAGCAGCCUUCCUGUUCUCCGUUGAAACGCAGACCACUAUCGGUUAUGGAUUUCGCUGCGUGACGGAAGAGUGCCCGAUGGCUGUGUUUAUGGUGGUGCUGCAGUCAAUUUUGGGCUGCAUCAUAGACUCUUUCAUGAUUGGCGCCAUCAUGGCCAAAAUGGCGCGACCCAAGAAGCGUGCAGAGACCUUGCUCUUCUCCCAGAAUGCCGUGAUCGCCAUGCGGGAUGGGAAGCUCUGCCUGAUGUGGCGAGUGGGUAACCUGCGGAAAAGCCACAUUGUUGAAGCACAUGUGCGGGCGCAGCUGAUCAAGCCAAGAAUGACAGAGGAAGGCGAGUACAUCCCGCUUGAUCAAAUCGACAUCAACGUAGGAUACGACCUCGGCCUGGACCGCAUCUUCCUCGUCUCGCCCCUUACCAUCAUCCACGAAAUCAACGAGGAGAGCCCUCUCUUUGGAAUCAGCAAGCAGGAUCUGGAAACUUCAGACUUUGAGAUCGUGGUGAUCCUAGAGGGCAUGGUCGAAGCCACGGCGAUGACGGCUCAGGUGCGCAGUUCUUACCUGGCCAGCGAAAUCUUGUGGGGCCAUCGCUUUGAGCCGGUGGUGUUUGAGGAGAAGAACCACUACAAGGUGGACUUCACACACUUCCACAAGACUUACGAGGUUCCCUCCACGCCACGCUGCAGUGCCAAAGACAUGGAGGAGAGCAAAUCUGUGCACUCCAGCGCUAACUUUUGCUACGAGAACGAGCUGGCCUUCAUUAGCAGGGAGGAGGAGGAAGAGGAGCAGGAAGACAGGAGGGGGGACAGGGGAGCGGAGCUGGAAACCCUGUCAACCAACCUGAACGUUGACCAGAGACCAUACCACAGAGAGUCAGAGAUAUGAUCUCAGACCCCCUUGACCUUCACCUCUAGAGACCUUCUUUCAACGUAGAUCCAGCCUGUCCCUUUAGCUCCAGCUUCGGUUGAAAGACGCACAGAAAAGCAAGUGCCAUAUGAACGUUGGACCCCGCCGAUGUAGUGUUGUGCUUUAGUCAAGGGCAGGCAAGCUACACGUCCAUGACUGUUGCGACUGGAUGGCCUUCCUGUAGAAAAACUUGAACUAGGAUUAUUUGUUUCAUACUGUAGUUUGAAGUGAUAGCUUUAAGUGAUAUCAUAAUGCAAUAUUGAGCUAACCUGGGUGCCAAACUUGGUCUGGCAUUAAUGUUUGUGUGUUUAAAUUCUCUUGCUUUGGUUGAAUACCUAUAAAAGUGAGCACUACCUACUCACACAGCAGAUAAAGUGGAUAGAUCUGUUUUUUUAAGACUAUUUAGACCUAUCUUUAGAUAUUUUUCAUGUAAACAAAGAUGCCACAGCAAAUAUUUAUUUUAUUUGAGGUCUGUUACCUUAAAAUCCCACUACUGAAAACCUCCCUCACUGCUUUUGUCCAUUUUUUCUUUCUUCCUAAGAUGAAUAUCGAGUUGAAUUUAUGUAAAAGUCACAAAAAUAGUUGUCUAUCAGAUUUUAGUAGCACAUAUAAAAGUGACAGUAGAGUAUUUUGUACAAAAAAAAUGUAUUUAACCACUUUUACCUGCUUUGGACCACUUUUUCCUGUUUUUACCUGAACCUAGGCUUAUAGAUCACAAUCCAUUUUGAUGUAUCCUACAGCAAUAAACAUAAGGCAUUAUUUUAGUGUUUUUUACAUCUCAUUCUAAUUGCUAAAUGUCUUCAGCAAAUGCAGAUACUAUAUAUACUAUAUUUUUGUUUGUUUGUUUAAAGUUAUAAAAUUAGUAAGGUGACAAUAAUCAUUAAAAUGAUGAACCCAAAAGCAUUUUUAUGCGAUUAUA